AUGGACUCCGCAGGGGCUGAGAAGCGGCCAGGGGCCCAAGAAGGGACAGCCGUGGGGCACUCACAGCUUACAGAGGUGCCUUGUGGCCAUGCUCAGAAUUCUGAGUGUCCCGUGAUGGGAGACCAGUGCCUGGUGCCGGCCCAUGAGGCCUGCCAAACCCAGGGUGAAGAUAAAUGUCCAAUAAGACCCGCCUCAGAGCCAAAGAUCCAGGAGGAGAGACUCAAGCUGGAGGAAGACAGGCACAAGCCAGAGGUGGAGGCACUGGAGAAGAGAGGUCCCAGGCCUAUGGCCUCCAAUGUGAGGCCCAGUCAUGGUCCGAAGAGGAAGCCAGUCAAAGCCCUGAUCCUCCCAGGCCCAAGCCACCAAGCCCAUCCUAGGGUGGAGAGUGAGCUGCCACAGGGGCUGUCGCUGCAGAGGGAGGAGCCGGAGAAUAACCAGAGUGAGCCCUCACCAUCUGCCAAACAGCACAAAAAAGCCAAGAAGCGCAAGAGUCUGGGAACCCCAGUGCUCCCAGUGGCGGCCAGCACGGUGUUGGCACCCUCAGUGACCUCGGGGCCUGAGCGAAAGGCCCAGCGCCUGCGGCCCCUGUACCAGUACAUCAACUAUUGCAACCCUGAGCUGAACCAGGCAGGGGAGGGGGACAGGGAGACUGAGGCUGAGGUGGAGCCUGAGUCGGAGCUGACCGUGGUCCCUGAGGAGGCGGGUGUGGAGCAACUGCAGGCUUUGCUGCCAGUGGCAGGUGAACUGGGCUCCGACCUCACUCUGCCCUGCCCCAGUAUGUAUGUGCCCCCCACCCACACUCUGGUUCCCCUGGGGGAGGAAGCCAGUGAGGAGCCUGGGGGUCUGCCCAGCUUGGGGGUCAGCAGUCGCCUCAAGGCUGAGAUGGACAAGUCAACCCAGGUGGACAUCAACAAAAUGCUAAGUGUCUGCAAUGCCCCGCUUGUCCCCCCACUCUCUCCUCAGUACAAGUGA